UUAUCUUUAUCUUUUAUCUUUAUUUAGUAAAAAAAUAAACAUGAUUCAAAAUCUUACCUUGCAAAUCAUAAAUCAAUAGGUAAAUUAUAGAUCUUACAAUAAUAUCAAAAAACAAAUACCCCCCUUGUUAAACAUUUUUUGUAGAAAUCUUCCCAGACUUCGCCCCAAUCUUCCCCCAAAAAGGAAGGGGCAAAUUGAUUUCUGGACAAAUUCAAUUUUCCUCCUCAAAUAAUCAACCGAAAUUCCUGAAUUGUAAACAAAAAUUACAGCCUAAUAUUUAAUUUUUCUGGGUUUCUGUUCAUUAAUUUGAAUCUAAAAAUUCAAAUUUAAAGCAAUCAUCCCCAGAUGUCGAUAGUUAGGUGUUUUCUGGGGCAUAUUCAAAUUAAGAAAAGAUGUGGGUUUGUUUGAAUUGAUUAUUUUAUUUAUGGUUUUGUCGGAUCUUUCCGGGUUCUCUGUUUCAUCAAUCAUCCAUCGUUUUCUUCCUUUUUUCCCCCUUUUUUGUUUUAUAAUUUUAUUUAAAAAAACCCUAAUUUUGACUUAAAAUUAGGGUUUAAUUCAAAUUAAUUUGACCUAAUUAAUUAAUUAAUUAAUUAGGGAAAGAAUUGAAAUUGAAUUGUACUGGGAAUCAAAAACGUGUUGAGCUGUCUGUUACUACCAUACCAUUACCUCCAUACCUGUCUAUCACUUUCCCAUUGCCGCUCUCUCUCUCUUCUUCCUUUAUCUCUCUUCAUCAGCGUCCCUUGUUUAUAUCCCUCUUCCAUAAUCCCCCUUUUUUUCUUCUUCAAUUCCAGCUGUUAAUUAGCUCUCUUCCAUUUUUUGAAUUCCUUAAAAUCUCAACAAUGGUUGCUUAUACUUUGUAAUCAACCAAAUUUCUUCCCCCCCUCCUAAUUGUUUGUUUUAUUCCACAUCUGUGUUAUACCCAUCUGAAAAAAGAGCUUAGAAAAAUGGUUCCAUGGUGGAAUGGAGGGGGUAAAGAUCAUCAAAAACAUCAUAGAGGAACACCUGUGGUUAUCAAAAUGGAAAACCCUAAUUGGUCAAUUUCUGAAUUUGAAACCCCUUCUUCAGAUGAAGAUGACUUCAUCCCAAGGAAAUCUAGAAGGUUCCGAGGAAAAAAUGCUAAACAGCUUACUUGGGUUCUUCUCCUUAAAGCCCACCGUGCAGCUGGUUGUCUUUCUUCUCUAGCUUCCGCCGUGCGCCGCCGUGUUAAAUCUGGCCGCACCGACACACCAUGUACGGAAGAUUCUACACCGCGUACACGUCUCUACACUUUCAUCCGAGCUUUUCUAGCCAUUUCUCUUCUACUACUAUGCUUUGAAAUUGCUGCUUACUUUAAAGGCUGGCAUUUCAAAGAUUCUGCGUUUUACUUUGAUCACAUUCUAAUAUCCGGCAGUGGUACUGCUUUCGCAUUCCGGGAUUUCUUCGGGUGGGUCUAUAAAAACUGGGUCCUUAUCCGGGUUGGGUACCUUGCUCCACCUCUUCAAUGGCUGGCUAAUAUCUGCAUUGUGUUGUUUCUCUUCCAGUCUUUGGAUAGACUCAUCCUAUGCUUAGGUUGCUUCUGGAUCCGACUCAAAAAGAUCAAACCCAUCCCAAAAACGGAUCAAGUCAUCGAUGUUGAGUCCGGCGAUGGUUGUGGGUACUUCCCAAUGGUUCUUGUUCAGAUCCCCAUGUGCAAUGAAAAAGAGGUUUAUCAACAAUCUAUAGCUGCAGUAUGUAACUUGGAUUGGCCAAAAUCCAAGUUGCUAAUUCAAAUAUUGGAUGAUUCGGAUGAUCCAACAACCCAAAUGUUGAUAAAGGAAGAGGUCCAUAAAUGGCAAGUAGAAGGUGCCAACAUUGUAUACCGUCAUAGAGUUCUUAGAGAUGGGUACAAAGCUGGUAAUCUUAAGUCUGCCAUGAGUUGCAGCUAUGUUAAGGACUAUGAAUUUGUUGCCAUUUUCGACGCUGAUUUUCAGCCUUCUCCUGAUUUCCUUAAGCGUACUGUCAUCCAUUUUAAGGAUAAUGAAGAAGUGGGGUUAGUGCAAGCAAGGUGGUCAUUUGUGAAUAAGGAUGAAAACUUAUUGACAAGGUUGCAAAACAUAAACUUGGCAUUUCACUUUGAAGUGGAGCAACAAGUAAAUGGGAUCUUUAUCAACUUCUUCGGUUUUAACGGGACAGCGGGUGUGUGGAGAAUUAAAGCACUCGAGGAAUCAGGUGGAUGGUUGGAAAGGACCACUGUGGAGGACAUGGACAUUGCUGUCCGAGCUCAUCUUAAAGGCUGGAAAUUUGUCUACCUAAAUGAUGUGGAGUGUACGUGCGAAUUACCCGAAUCCUAUGAAGCUUAUAGAAAGCAACAGCAUAGAUGGCAUUCGGGGCCUAUGCAAUUAUUUCGUCUAUGUUUGCCCGACAUUAUCAGAUCAAAGAUAUGCUUUUGGAAGAAGGCCAAUAUGAUAUUCCUCUUUUUCCUCUUGAGGAAGUUGAUUUUGCCCUUCUACUCUUUCACACUCUUCUGCAUAAUCCUACCAAUGACCAUGUUUAUUCCUGAGGCAGAGCUUCCGGCUUGGGUUGUAUGCUACAUUCCCGCUACAAUGUCUUUCCUCAAUAUCCUUCCCGCCCCAAAAUCCUUCCCGUUCAUUGUCCCGUACCUUCUAUUUGAGAAUACAAUGUCGGUCACAAAGUUUAAUGCCAUGAUCUCCGGUUUAUUUCAGUUGGGUAGUGCAUAUGAGUGGGUUGUAACUAAGAAAUCUGGGCGUUCAUCAGAAGGCGAUCUUGUCUCUUUAGGUGAGAAAGAACAGCCAAGCCAUGAAAAGAGCUUUUCGGAAACUACCCUUGUGGAAAUGAAGGAGGAACUACGAAAACAAGACCUUAAAAGUUCGAAAAAGAAGAAGCACAAUAGGAUUUACAUGAAGGAGUUGUCGCUCGCGUUUCUUCUCUUGACAGCUUCAGCCAGGAGCCUUCUCUCGGCGCAAGGCAUCCACUUCUACUUCUUACUCUUUCAAGGGAUUUCGUUCUUGCUUGUUGGUCUCGAUUUGAUUGGUGAACAGGUUUAUUAAUGGAAAGAAGAUCGGAUGAUAUACAAAUUUAGGAUUUUGUAGGAGAUACAAUCAAUGAACAGAGUUAGCGCAGCUUAAAACUAUGAUGGCAUACAAAACUACCGAGGCUGAAGAAAGCAAACCGAGAAUACAGGAUAUCAUGGUUGUUCAAGAACAAGGAGGGAAGUGAUGCUUCGUAUAUUUCCUCCUGCCCUCGGGUUUUAGAGGGAUGACAAGCCCCAUUGGUGCAAUAGAAUGAUGCUCAAUUACUCGUUCUACGUAUUAUAUAAAUGGAGUUUUGAUCGCGAUGCCUGAAGCCUUUGUGAAACAGAGAUGGUAUAGUGCCCUUUCUAUGUAAGGAAAUUUGCCCAUUUUUUGAUUUUCUUCUUCCUUCUGUAAUUUAUUGCCUUUCUCAUUCCUUUUGGUUCUUUGGGGGUCUAUUCUUUUGCAAGAAAAAAUUGUGGCUCAAGUUCACAUUAAUGAAACAUUAUUUACGGUUGCGAAGGUGCAACUAUUCAAAA